AUGGUUCCUUUUUCACUGCCUGCCAGGGGCGAAAGUAUCUUUGGGGCCAUUAAUCUGCUUCAGCCGCGUGACGUCCGCCAGUUUCUCUAUCAUUUUCCGCCGCUGCCCAAACCUUCCUCGUCUGGAGGCUGCUCGGUGGCUACCGCCGGCCAAUCUGCCAACUUAAAGGGACAAUCGAGUGGUACAUUCGCCUCUGAUGAGGCUGGGCUUCACGUAUCACAACUUCCAGGCCAGCCGACAGCGCUGGGCAGGCUUGACAUUACUUGGCGCUCGACAAUGGGCGAGAGGGGCAGACUCCAGACAAGCACUCUUAAACACGUG